AUGGUUCAGCUGUUGAAGAACGAAGGCAUUAUUCCGGGCAUCAAAGUCGACAAGGGUCUAGCCACACUUCCGGGAACAGACGACGAGAAGGCGACUAUGGGUUUGGACGGCCUCUCUGAGCGCUGCAAGAAGUACUACGAGGCAGGCGCUCGUUUCGCCAAGUGGCGUGCGGUGCUCAGCAUCGACCCGGCAAAGGGAAAGCCUACAAAUUUGUCUAUCACUGAGGUGGCCCACGGCCUCGCGCGCUACGCGGCAAUCUGCCAAGCGAAUCGACUCGUCCCUAUCGUCGAACCCGAGAUUCUCACAGACGGCAGCCACGACAUCACCGUGUGCGCCGAAGUCACCGAGCGUGUGCUAGCGGCGGUCUUCAAGGCUCUGAACGACCACCACGUUCUGCUGGAGGGAGCGCUACUGAAGCCAAACAUGGUGACCCACGGCUCGGACUGCCCGAAGCCGGCGUCUCACGAGGAGAUUGCUUUCUACACCGUCCGCAGCCUGAAGCGCACGGUCCCGCCUGCGCUCCCCGGCGUCAUGUUUCUCUCCGGAGGCCAGUCCGAGGAAGACGCUUCGCUGAACCUGAACGAGAUGAACAAGAUGGGACCCCACCCGUUCCAGCUCUCCUUCUCUUACGGCCGCGCUCUCCAGGCUUCCUGCCUGAAGGGCUGGAAGGGUGUCCCCGAAAACAAAGCCAAGGCACAAGCAGUGCUGAUGGAGCGCGCGCGCGCCAAUGGCGAGGCACAGCUCGGCAAAUACGGGCGCGGUGCAGGCGGGGCCCGCUGCGCUUCAUCCCUUCUCGAGAAACGCUACGUGUACUAA